GUGCUUGGAAAAGUGACUGCCUAUAAUAAUAAAGCAGCUCUUUAUGAAAUAUAUGAAUCUCUGCUGCCAAUAUUCCUAAGCGCAUCAGUGUCGACUUCUUUGAGAAUAUUAGCUUUUGAUCAAUUACUGUUAACAGAUCAAAAAGACUUUGAGAAUCAUAUUAUUACCAUUUUGAAGAAAAAUGAAAAUCAGCAACUAAAAGCGUAUAUUGCACAGAAAUUAAGCUCACUUCUCAAAGAUGCAGAUUUUAAAAAAGAUAAACAAGAGUUUAUCACGUCAUUUUCCAAGCUAUUGAAAGAAAAUGAGAUCUCACUGGAUAUCUUAGCUCAUCAGCCUGAAGUUGAAUCAAAAUCGGCAUUUUCUGGAAUGUUCGCAUAUUUGCCUUAUUUACCGGAUCAUUUAAAAGAUUUCAUUCUGAAAUCUGUUUUGUCAAGUGUAUACGAAGUAAAUGGUGUGUUCCCGCAGUACUACCACUCGGAGACAGUCCUUAAAGCAUUUAACAAUUUGAUUCACAUUUUUGAAGCGGGAGGUUAUUUUGAAGGGCUCGAAGAUAUAGCUAUAAUUUUCCAGAAGACUUUUGAAGGGAUAAAUCCAAAGAACAUGUCUUUUGGAGAAGUCAUUCAGGUUAUGAAGCUAGCAAUUGAAAAUUUGUACCGAGAAAAUGGAAAAUCACAAGUUGAGUACAGUUUCGAUGGAAGAGUUACUGAAAACAUUAAGAAAUUGUACGAUCUCUAUCUCCAGUUUCAUCCAAAAGCAAUGCCAUCCUUUAAUAUGUAUUUUAACUUGUUUGGAAGUACUCUCGGCUUCCUUAAUACUGGAGAUAUGGCUGGAAUGUCAACGAAAUUGGAGAAGAUUCAGUCUUUUCUAAGUAACUUACGUGAUGGUGUGACUUAUAACACGACAAGAGUCAUUCGUAUCAUUGAAGCGUAUCACCAAGUACCAACAAUGAUGGGAUUACCACUAAACUGGACAACUAAUGCUACCUUGGCCUAUUCUGUCCGCGCAGGUUUAACGUUGAAGCUGAACGAAAAUUACGAGGUGGAUUCUCAAGGUUUUCUUAACCCCAGUGCUGCUUUGACUUUCCUGAACAGGAUGGUAGUAGAUUUUCCCACUGUUACACAAAUAGGAGUACAAGCGAAUAGUUCCGGUUACACUUCUACUCAAUCAAAAGCUAAACUUAUUUAUACAGAAAAGAAAAAACUACUUAGCUUUGAGAAACCUUCAAAAAGUCAAAAACUGUUAGAACUGUUUCGAACAAACCAAUUGAUUAGAGGUGAUCAAUACAUUGACAUACCUGAUUGGGAUAUCGAAAGGAAAAUUUCAUCGUGGUGUACAAAUGAUAAUAUGAAUUCCCUACUCGGACUGGAAAUUUGUCUGGAUAAGUCUUAUCCUAUCGUGACACAUCGUCUGAAACCAUGGGCCUUGAUGGCAGGAUGGUGCAAAUGGAGAUUUGUUAUAAAUCCAUUUGAUAGGAAACUCAAGUCAUAUGAUUUGGAACUAAUAAAAAUACCACAAGGAAAAUCUAAAGAACUCAUUUUGAGGUUUAGUACCCCUGGAAGCGAGAACAGCCGAGAAAUCUAUGUCACUGCAAAUAUGAAUGAAACAAAUGGAGAAAUGAAAUUUGAACUGAAGCCUACAGCAUCUUCCAAUUUCCUCAUAUCAUUCAUUCGAGAUAUUAUAACAGAUAGUGGGAAAAAUAUUGGAUAUAAAAGUGUUGCUAUUUUAAAACUGGACAAAGAUCAGCAGUACCAGUUAACUUACAAACAACAAGAUAAGAUGGAAGAACGGGAGGAUUUCGAAGAUGGCAAUAAAUCUCCAAAACCUCAAAAAGUAUUUCUAACGACAGAUGAACGGUUUCUAUCUUUGGAAACUCCAUACAAUAGGUACAGCUGGAAUAUCCAGCAUUUUAAGAAAGGAGAAAACGAACAGAAAGAGUUGCUUCUGUCUUUCGAAAACUUAAAUUCGAAGGAAAAUACAUUAUCAGGAAUUCUGCCAGAUAUCUACUGGGAAAAUGAAUCGAAAGCUUAUGUACAAUUCCGAAUCAACUGGAAAGAACCGAAAAGAAAUUCAAAUUCUAUCAGUCGACAAACUGUAUGCUUCGUACACUUCCCUAAAUCAAAUAUAGAACUUGUAGGGAACUCGCUGGAAAUGAGCGGAAGAGAACAGAUAAAUGUAAAUCUGACAAGAAAUGCAAAGCCUAGUGGGAAGCUGCUUGGAUUCUUAAACUUCACUUACGAUUUAUGGACCAGCCAAAAUUCAGACUCUGUAAGAAAGGAAAUACGAUUAUAUAACAUAACCGUCCCCUGCAAAUCAUGGGCUUUAAAAUUAGAAAGUGUAUUCGAAAGUGAUUCUAAACGGUACUUUGAAGUUCUAUUUACAAGAGCAGUGAUGUUCCCUAAAGAGAAAGAAAUUUCAGAUUAUAUCGGUUGGUGGAAUGAUGAUGUGAUCGAGGAUUACAAUCUCAAAGAGCGUAAAUUAAAGCUGUCGGCAGAUAUGGAUAUGCAUGUAAUAAGUGGCGAAGAUUUAGUUGAAAGGUAUUCGACAUUAACGAAGAACGAUGUGAGUAACCUCAACAACCGAUUAAUAACGGCAAACAUUGCUUUAUAUUAUCCUUUGCAAGAUCAAGAAGAGUCGGUGACAUUUGACGGUUAUUUUAUUUUGUCUGGAGCACCAAGAAUAUUCAGGUUCCAGAAAAACUUUGUUAUGGGAAGCAGCUACAAUGAUUUAACACUGACAUCCCAUUCUGUCUUUAGAGAAGAAUCCAGUGAGGCGACAUUGAGCCAUUCCUCCUUCUUUACAAACACGGUAACUCAGAAAAAGGCCUACAAUAUUAUUGACUACAAGAGAUCCUAUACCGCAGAAAAAUGCAUUGAAAGAGAAUUUAAGCACAAUAUUAAAUCUGAAGUAUUUGAUUUAUCCACGAAUGCUUCUUACAAGUGCAAUUCAAAUGCAGAAAAUGCGCAUACAUUACUUUUAAAUAUUACAACACUGUCUUCCUACUGGAACCUCUUAAAUACAAGAUUAGAACAAAUAGUCGAAGAUGUCAACUCAGAAUAUAGUUAUGAAGAGAUGAAUUUUAGGCAUCCCUUGGCAACAAUAAAUGUUACAGCGGAAUGGCUGAAAGGUGACCACAAAAAGAAAGUUAUUUUCACCUGUUUGAGUAAUGACUGCGCAAAUGCUGAAUUGUUCUUCGAAACCUUACAUACUGGGAAGAAAACUCUUGCUCUUGAUAUAAACAAAGGCAACGACAAGAGGCAUUACUCGUACGAGCGAAGAGUUUCUGCCGACUCCAAAAAUCUAAAUCUUAAUAUAAAAUAUUCGGAUAGCAAGACUAAGUUAUCAGAGGCUGUGGAUUUCUCAGGUCAAAUUAUAAGUGCUCGGUACCAUAUCUGGAGAGGGAAAAUUGAUUUGCCUAUUUUGGACAAAAUAAGAACCCGCUUCACUUCGGCUUAUAGUGCAGCGUCAAAAUAUCUUUCUGACAUUACUAAAGAUCCUGAACAUCCAAUCAAUGAAAUACUGAGACCUGCUCUGAAAGAUACCGUAUAUAAUUUCUGGGAAAGUAUAAAAGCAAAGAGUAAAGAAUUCAUAUCACUUCCUUGGACUGCUUUUAAAGAACUUCUUCAUGCUUUGCAUCCAUUUUAUUGGGACUUGCAAGCCGCGCUAACCAAUAUACUUCACAGCGUAAAAGAAAAGUCAAGAAAUGCUUAUAAGGAAAUUAAAGAGAGAUCUAUCAUUAUAUGGGCUAUCAAUUACUUUAACGUCCCUGAUGCCUUCUACGGAAGCAUUAUGAAUGUACGGACAAGCAUAAAAAAUCUUCUCAAAGUAUUCCUGCAAGAUGAUGAAAAUUUGGAGUUUGAAUUUAGAACUGGGAAAUUAUUAGUAUUGGAAGCCUUUGGAUAUUGGCCCUUGAUUUCCUUGGAUCCUACAGAGUUCUAUCCAUUUUUCAAGAAAACAGUGGAAGAAAUAAAACCCCACCAUGAACAAGGAUUCGGUACCAAGAUCGCAAUUAUAUUUGGCCCAACCCACGUUUACACUUUCGACGGUUAUGUAUACGAUGUCCCAAAAUAUUCAUCAGAUUGCAUCUUCUUGCUAGCUCACGAUCUUCGAACAUCUUCGUUCACAGUUUUGAGUUCAAAGGAAGCUAUUCAUGUUCUAUUCCCUGAGAUAAGUCUCUCUAUCAAUGCUGAAAAUGAAAUUUUCGUCAAUGGUAGUCAUAUUCCAAGUCCUCUACCAAUACAAGCAAAUACUGUAAAGGUGUCAAUGAAAAAGGAAAACAUUAUAAAAAUUUCAUCCCCCACAUUAACGGUCAUUUGCAGUAAUACAGACUUCCUAUGCGUUUUAGAAUUAUCUAUGUGGCACAGAGGAGGCACGUUUGGCUUAUUAGGAAAUGGAGAUGGCAUAAAAAACAACGAUAUGAUUUUGCCCAAUGGUAAAUUACCUUCUGGUCUACAGGAGUUCAUUAACAGCUAUGAAUUAUCUGAUAAACCUGAAUGCGAGGAACUUAUAUUCCCUUCAAAGCCAUCCGCCUCGGAGGAAGAAAAGAAAGCAUGUAAUCAGCGCUUCGAUCACUUAUGCCCACAAACAAAAGAGCUGAGAGAGUCAUUCUUAGAUGCUUGCGUCUCAGAUUUGCAAGACGGAUAUGAUGUAUGUUAUGCAACAGCAGGGCUAUCAGCAUUGUGCUAUUAUAAAAAUACGCCCAGUACCUCAGAUUGCAAAAGUAUGAAAAGAGAUGGUGAAAAAAUUAAACACAAAUUGGAAGUAGUUUUAAUUGUGCAAAAACAUCAUUCGCUGACAUCUCCUGAAAAGAAAAAUUCUCCAAACAAAGGUAUAGAAAGACUUAUCACAGCACUUGACGAAAAAUUCAAGGCAAAUGGAUAUUCAAGUGUUUUAUUCAGUUUAGUAGGCUAUGGAGGAGAAGGCGUGCACGGUGAACCUUCAUUGCAUACUGCUGGAAGAACUCCGUGGAUCCCCCUUCAAACCAUGGAAAAUAAUAUAUUAAAAACGCUGGAAUUUAAAGGAACAGAUGAAGCAGAUAAUCUGGAAGCUCUCAAAUACGCUGCGGAGGUUUUGGGAUAUGAUACUUUUGAUUCUAAAAUAUUCAUCAUGCUGACUGAAAGCGACAAACAGAGUAAAAACAAAGCUACGGUUGAUUUGAUUCGGCGCCACUUGGAAAAGAAUGGCAUCACUCUUUACACAAUCUCAUCAUACCGAUCUCUUGAGAAAGGAAAGAAAGUAUUUGGACUUCGAGCAGAUGGUCUCAUAUUCCCUUCACCAAAGAAAGGAGAAAGUUAUCUGGAGUACCCUAAGGCAGACUUAGCAAAACUAACAUCCGCAACUCGAGGAUCAAUUUUCCUUAACAAAUUCGUUAUAGCGAACAACCCAGCAUCAUUUUUCAGUGAAUUUGCAGAUGAAGUGUGGGCAAAGGUUCGCAAAGAAGUGCAAAGUUGCAGAGACUGCAAGACUGUAAGAAGUGGUUGGUGGUCAUACUUACAAGAAUGCAGUGUGGUACACUGCUAAUAUUGUGUAUUAUGAGUACUUUUUAUGUUUCAGUAAAUACUCAAGACUAAAGGAAGAAUUCUUUCAAAAGAAUAGAUACAUAUCAGAUUUUCAAGUUAAUGUUGAGAAUAAUAUCGUUCUACUUUAUAAAACAUAUUCCUCAAAAAAGUAACACAAAAAUACUAUUAAAUUGACUUCAACUGAAUGACAUUUUGUUAUCGAUAAAUACUAAUCAAUAAAAACACUGAUCAUUUUAAAAUUUGCAUCUACUCAUGAGUACAUGUAUUUUAUAAAUUAAGUCUUACUACAAAUUUAUUUCAUAGACCAUAGCAAAAAACUUAUGUGAUCAGCACAAACUCCCCCCCCCCUCCCGCCAAUUCUAUAUUUCACAGCAACGAGCUUCAGUAAAGUAUCACUUCUUAUUGAUCAUUUGUAAACAAAAUCUAAUUUAUUGUUCUAAUAAACAGAAUGGUCUAUAAUACGAAA